AGCUGCGCCGGAAGGGGGUAGCCCGGGCUUCGCGCGAAGGCCUCAAGAUUUCGGACGCAACGGCGGCCCUGGACCUGCGCGCCCAGACGACACAAGUACCGCCGCCAGACUUUGGUGGUGGCCUGGUGGUGGAACAGGAGCAUCACCACCACCAGCAACAUCAGCAAAAUCAACAAAACCAACAGCAUCAACAGCAGCACCAACAGCAACAGCAACACCAUCAACAGCACCAGCAACAGCAGCAGCAACAGCUGCAGCAACAGCAACAGCAGCAUCAACAUCUACAGAACCAAAAUCCAGAGGGACAGCAACAGCCCCGUCCCCAUCCGCUGCAUCUGCAUCAUCAUCCACAUCAUCCACCGUUACCGCCGGGUGGUACCAAUCCUCAACUUCACUCUGGCGAUUCGGGGGGUGGGAUAGCUGGUGGUGGAGGUGGUGGUGGUGGCGGAGAAAGCACUCUUGUAAAUCCAGUUACGGGAAGCGGUCAGGGUCCAGGUUCAGGUGGUGGGGCGAGUCCUCUUAGCGGAGAGCACCACCAGCAGCAGCAGCAGCAUCAUCAUCAUCAACAACAAGCAGCGGGCCUCUUAGGGGGAGCGAGCUUGGUAGAUCCGGUAGAAGCCGCUAGAACGGCCGUAAGAAUCCACGAGGACGAAGAAGACAUCACGGAGAGAGAAGACGAAGACGAGGAAGACGAGGAGCCGAGCUCACCAGAGCCGGACCUCGAGCCCGACCCAGAACCAAUGGAGGUCCAAGCCUCUGCCGUUUCCGCAGCGGCGGCGAAUCUCCAUGCCCUUCGACAGCACGUCUUCAAGAUGUCGGAUUAUUGGCAACAGCCACAGCGUGGCCCACCCCAACAUUCGCCUGGUCUGCAACAGCACACCAAUCAAUUGUCGAACGCGGUCGCAGCUGUGCAACAGCAACAGCAGCAACAACAGCAACAACAAGCGCAGCAACAGGCGCAGCAACAAGCAGCCCAACAACAGCACAAUCAGCAGGCUUCCAUGCACAGUCCGCUGGGACAACAACAGCAGGUUAACGCGGUACAACAGCAACAACAAAAUUCUAAUUCGUCGAUGAGCCAGAGCGUGGCAUCGCAAUUACAGCAGCAGCACCAACAACAGCAGCAACAACAACAACAACAACAACACGCGAUGACGUUGAGCCAGCCAAAUUCACAGGGAGGCCAUCAAUCCUCUCCAGCGCCAACGACACCAUCGCCCCAUCAACAGGCCGAUCAUCAGGGAACAAUAAGCUCGAGCAUGGCCCAAAACCUUCAUAAUCUGGCUCAGGCCCAACAGUCAAUGUCACAAGCCUCGAGUCCGUCGUUAACCGUUCAGGCUGUCCAAGCUGCUCAGGCCCUCAAUCAGAACUUGGGCCAAGCGUUGACACAGGCCUUGACGCAAAACAUGCAACAAAACCUUGGGCAAACGUUGCAGCACAACCUCGCGCAAAGUCUAACGCCCAGUUUGUCACCGCAACAACAACAACAAUUGCUCAAUCAACCGCAAAAUCUCAGCCAAGCUGGUGCCGCUCAGGCUGCCGCGUUACAACAAAACCUCCAAAACCAGGCCCAAAAUCUGUCGCAAUCGUUGCAACAGCAGGCCCAAAACCUCAGUCAAAAUCUCGGACAGAGUCUGAAUCAACAAACGUUGCAACAGCAGGCGCAGAAUUUGAGUCAAAAUUUGCAGCAACAAGCUCAAAAUUUGACUCAAAAUCUGCAACAGCAAGCAUUGAACAUGGCUGGAACGAUGGGACAGAACGGAGGACUUGCCGGCAUGAACGUCGGUGGCAACAACCAGCAACAAAACUCCCAGAACUCAAUGCUUAGCCCUGGCGCCGGUAGCCAGGACUCUCACGAUGCAACACUCACAGAAAAACUUGUCAAUGAGCUGCAGUCUCGUGCCUCUGCUGCGGUGACCGGUCUCGGUGGUGCCGGUGGUGGAGGUGGUGGUGGUGGAGGGAUGGGCAACUUCAACGAGCGCACUCUCGAGGAAUGCUGGUCGACUCUGCAGCGAUUCUUCUCGCAGAUAUUCAUGCACAAGAGCGUGAGCGCGAUGCAGAGCGCUAUGCACGCUAGAGAUCUUGGAGCGGGCGCUCUGGGUGCUAGACCCGGUGGCGGCGGACUAGCCGGUCUCGGCGUCGGCGUUGGCGUCGGACCCGGCAUGAUACCCGGCAACGAGGUCAAGCCCCAUCAGUGCCAGCAAUGUCUCAAGUCGUUCUCCAGCAAUCAUCAGCUCGUGCAACACAUCAGGGUACAUACCGGUGAAAAGCCUUACAAGUGCAGCUACUGCGACAGGAGGUUCAAGCAGCUAAGUCACGUACAACAACACACGAGGCUACAUACGGGUGAACGACCGUACAAGUGCCACCUACCCGAGUGCGGGCGUGCCUUCAUCCAGCUGUCGAAUCUCCAACAACACCUGAGAAACCACGACGCGCAGGUGGAAAGGGCGAAGAAUCGUCCAUUCCACUGCAAUAUAUGUGGCAAGGGUUUCGCCACGGAAUCCAGCCUCCGGACCCACACGUCGAAGGUCAGUCAUGAGUUGCAACAGCGUGUUGUGUUCCAGCAACAUGCCGCUCUCAUCGGUGGUCCCAACGCUACGAGUUGUCCGGCGUGCCACAAACUCUUCCUCGGUGCCGAAGCUCUCAUGGAACACAUGAAGCACACCCACAAAGAUCCGAACGCGUCGGGAGUUGCCAUGCCCCCCGCUGACUGCACAACCUCCGUUGCCGGGGUUUACCUAGCGAAGCGGAGGACAGCGAACCACCCUUGCCCCGUUUGUGGAAAGCAUUACGUCAACGAGGGAAGUCUGCGAAAGCAUCUAGCCUGUCAUCCGGAGACGAGUCAAUUGAGCACGAGUCUUAGGAUGUGGCCAUGUUCGGUGUGCCAAGCUGUGUUCACUCACGAGAGCGGUCUGCUGAGUCACAUGGAACACAUGAGGAUGGACCCGAAACAUCAGUUCGCCGCCCAGUACGUGCUAAGUCGCGCUGCCGCGGAGAGAAGAGAACGAGAACUUUUAGCAGGCUCCAGCUUAGGAGCAGGUCUAGGUGUCUUAACGAGUCAAGGAGGAGGUCAGAGUUUGCAGCAACCAUCGAUGUGCCCGUCGCCUUCGGCCCACUCGGACAGCAGUAGUGGUAACGGAAGGUUAUCCUCCGCCGGAAGUGAACCUGGCGCCGGACUUCUCAAUAACAAUAACAACAACAACAACAACAACAUGGCCUCGCCAGGAUCCAGCGGUAACAAACUCAGUGAAAUGCUCAGAGCCGGAAGUCAACAGGCGACGGCGCAGCAAUAUCAUGACGACAUGCAGUCCCAACAACAACGCAUGGCAGUUAUGGCGGCAGCUGUACAAGCGGGUCUCCAAAACUCGGUCUCGCCGAAUCUGUCGCCGGUCGAUGUCGCGUCGUUAGCAGCAGCAAUGAGAAUGGGUAACAACGGUGAUAUGGGAGGCGGAAGUCAAGGCUCGACAGGGCAACAGCAACAGGGUGUAGGUCAAGGUGGUGGACCCGAGCAGGCGCUCAGGAUGCAUCAAGCCGAAGCAUUGCUGAGAUCGCAGGCAGAAGCUGCUUUGAGACUCGCGGUGUCGCAAGUAGCAGCGGCAAGUUCAGCAGCGGGUAACGACAUGAGACAUCAUCUUGGUCAGCACAACGGUGGCGGAGGAGGAGGCGGUGUUGGCGGCGGUUCCGGGAUGCCCGGAGGACAUCACGGGAACCAGCAACUAUCCCAGUCGGACAACCUUUCGCCUGACCUAGGUAAGUCGUCAACGACGAAUCUGAUGAUCGGGGGAACUGGGACAACUUCGGGAACACCGCCGACGGGUCUUGGCGAGGGUCUCGUUAACAGCUACAUGCAAAACGAGAGAUUCUCUGCUGGUGGUGGUCUUGGUGGUAGUGGUGGUGGAGGCGGAGGCGGAGGCGGAGGAGGAGGAGGAGGAGGAGGAGGAGGCGUCGGUGAUACUCAGUCACGGAAACGCGUGAAACUAACGGCAAGCCUGAUUCCGUCAUCAGGGGAAGCGCUUCAGCUGCAGGAGCAGCGAUUAGCACAGGCGUUAAGGCUUCACGGUGAUCCUCGGGCCCUCGGCUUCACCCUCCAGCACGUUUCGCAGCAGUCGGAUACAACGGCAGCUGCGGCGGCGGCCGCAGCCGCGGCUUCAUCGGCCACGGCUCUCCAAGUCGAGCGUGAACUCCAGCAUCAGUUGCAACAACAGCACCAGCAGUUUCAACAGCAACAGCAGUUGCAUCAACAACAGCUCCAGCUUCAGCAUCAACAACAACACCCGUCGAUGGAGCUUCCCUACCUCGAUCUCAACAACAACAACAACAACAACGAAGAUCCUGGCAGAAGCUCCGUUGCGGGGCACUAA